AUGCUCGCUACUACACUCUUCUCAGCCCUGGCCGUCCUGGGCUCGUCCAUGGCUGCACCGGCCCCUGAUGCCGAUGCCAUCAACGUGGAUAACUCCUCCCUGGUCGCUCGCGGAGCCGUGGGUUCAAUUCCAGAGAAGUGGCCGAUCUCCGGCUGGGUCGUUAUUGAGGAAGGCAAGCUCGUGGGAACAGUGAAGGAGGAGCCCGUGUCGGACCCGCUUGCCGAGUGCAUGGUUGAAAAGUGGGGCAAGAAGCACAAGAACGACCAGGGCGAGUACGUCAACGGUUACAUCAAGUGCCGGCAGACGACCAAGCGGGCUGCCUGGGAUAUCCGGCGCAUGGGCGACCCGGCCGACUGCAGGACAGAGAACAAGACGGAGACGUGGUCCCUCAAGGAGGGACAGACGACCGAGUUCAAGGUCGAUGCCAAGGUCGAGGGCGCGUUCAAGAUGUUCUCGGUUAACAUGGGUGCUUCGUUCUCCAAGACCAACAGCAAGGAGCAGGGGUACACUAAGACCGUCAGCUGUAACCCUACCUUCAAGGAUAUCAAGUGUCAGAUUGCGUCGCAGGCUGUCAUCGAGAUGGAGACUAUUGAGGGCUGGGUUCGCCUGCCGCCUGGUGACGUUGACAAGAAUGACAAGCAGAAGAAGUACUCCAACUGGCAGGGCGUGAACAAGGACGACCCCCUUCUCGGAAUUGACGACCAAGGGAAGAGGGAGCAUUACCGCCACAUCGACUAUGAUAACUACGCGGACGGCUGGAACAACUGGGAGGGCCUUGGACAAAGGGAGUGCGUCGAUAUCAUCGACAACAAGUCGUACAAGGCUACCCGCCUCAUCGACAAGUAG